AUGCAGCAGCAUGGCUCCAUCAGCGAAGCGCCACUGUGGCAGCGUCGUCCACGCCGCAGCUUCGCGCGUGCUGCCGCCGAGCCGCACACUCUUGCGCCCUCUGAACGCAACGCGGCAUUGGCGGCUGUUGACGUGACAGCGCCACCAAGCGGCAACCAGGCGGGCGGCGGCCAGCAGCACGAGCCGCAGAGAUUUGGGGAGCAGGAAUAUAAUCAAACUCGGCAGAGCAGGGAGAGGGACCUGUGGGCAGCGAGCGUUCG